AUGUUUUCGUUUUUACUUACAAUCGUUAUAUUGAAUCUAUUCCCCACCACCCACAGUCAGCUGAAGUAUGCGAGUGAAGGCGAGCACCCAUAUGAAGUGGCUAUAUUAUAUAAUGGAGUGCUAAUGUGUGCAGGUGCCUUAGUAAAGCCAGAUUAUAUAGCGACAGCAGCCCAUUGUGUUAAUAAGUUAAGUUAUCGUUAUAUGCGUGUAGUUGUGGGAAUAACCGAUGCUGGCAACUUUUCCGAUAUCAAUGUAAAAUUUCCCGAUGGUAUCAUAGUACAUCCCCGCUAUACACCCAGUACCAGGGAAUUUGAUAUAGCAUUAGUGAAGCUAAGAGAACCAAUAACUUCUUCAUACGAAUUCCCUGUCGAACCAAUUGAAUUAAUUUUUCCGGAUUACGAAGUAAAAUACAACGAUUUUGCAACAUUGGUCUAUUGGGAUCGUUCUGAUGGCAUUAAAUUGGCUCGUGCUUAUGUCUCGCUCUGGCAUCCGUACAACUGUACCGCUAUAUAUAUUUACGGAGAAGAAUCAUAUCAUAAUGAAGUUCCAUUGCCGAGUGAAAAUACAUUUUGCGCUAGCAUUCCCGAUGGUGUGUGUAUACACGAUGAUGCCUCUUCUCUGGUAAUAAAAGAUAAACUUUUGGGUAUUGUAUCGUUUAAUGAACUAUGUGAAGCGACUGAAUUUCCACUGGUCUGUUCGAAUAUAGCAAUUUACGGAGAAUGGUUUGAACGUGUUUGGAAUAAUUAA